UUUAAGGAUGAUAUACCUUGGAUGUUUCCUGUUUCUCUUUGGGAUUACGCAUGUCAUGGCAAGUUAUCCAAUCUGGUGGUCCCUGGCGGUGGGCCACCAGUACUCGUCGCUGGGCACUCAGCCCAUCCUGUGCGGCAGCAUCCCCGGCCUGGUGCCCAAGCAGCUGCGCUUCUGCCGCAACUACGUGGAGAUCAUGCCCAGCGUGGCCGAGGGCGUGAAGAUCGGCAUCCAGGAGUGCCAGCAUCAGUUCCGCGGCCGGCGCUGGAACUGCACUACCAUCAACGACAACCUGGCCAUCUUUGGACCGGUGCUCGACAAAGCCACCAGAGAGUCUGCCUUUGUGCACGCCAUCGCCUCUGCCGGGGUGGCCUUCGCCGUGACGCGCUCCUGCGCCGAGGGCUCGGCCACCAUCUGCGGCUGUGACACGCGGCACAAGGGCCCGCCCGGCGAGGGCUGGAAGUGGGGAGGCUGCAGCGAGGACGUGGAGUUCGGCAGCAUGGUGUCCCGGGAGUUCGCCGACGCCCGGGAGAACCGGCCAGACGCGCGCUCGGCCAUGAACCGGCAGAACAACGAAGCUGGACGGGUGUCCAUCACUGACCACAUGUACCUGAAGUGCAAGUGCCACGGCCUGUCGGGCAGCUGUGAGGUGAAGACCUGCUGGUGGUCCCAGCCGGACUUCCGGGUGAUCGGCGACUACAUGAAGGACAAGUACGACAGUGCCUCGGAGAUGGUGGUGGAGAAGCACCGGGAGUCGCGCGGCUGGGUGGAGACCCUGCGGCCCAAGUACACCUUCUUCAAGCCGCCCACCGACCGCGACCUGGUCUACUACGAGAACUCGCCCAACUUCUGCGAGCCCAACCCGGAGACGGGCUCCUUCGGCACGAGGGACCGCGUCUGCAACCUGACCUCGCACGGCAUCGACGGCUGCGACCUGCUCUGCUGCGGCCGCGGCCACAACACCCGGACAGAGAAGCGCAAGGAGAAGUGCCACUGCGUCUUCCACUGGUGCUGCUACGUCAGCUGCCAGGAGUGCGUGCGCAUCGUCGACGUCCACACCUGCAAAUAA